AUGACCUUUCGCCUAUGUGUUGAGGCGUUAAUCGGGACGCUAGUGAAUGGUGCAUCGACGCAAGGAGCGCAAUUCGACUCUCAAUAUCGCCUGGAAGAAAAGGAGAAAAGAAAAGACCGAGUCGUUGGAGCCGCGCCGAUGGAGAUCGAGGCGGAAUACUCGAAACUGACGUGGCCCAUGCGAGCGGUCAUGAGCUCGAUCUCUUACUGGCCGGGACGAGAGCAAGAGGAGAAGGAUCUCGGCAAGAGAUCCUCGUGGUCGCGUCUGCUGCACAAGUGCCAUCGGGGCGUCGUUAACGCGAGCAUGCUCGUGCUGACCCUGGGCGGCAGCUCGGAGAUCGUCCACCUCGGCCGCUCGGCCGACAUCAACGAUCUCAUCGAGUGCUGCCUCAUCGUGUCGACGGCCUAUCUGGCCCUGCUGAGGGUCCUGGUGUUCGCGACGCACGCCACCUCCAUGUCGAGGAUCGUCGAGACGAUGCGCAACGACUGGACGGACAAUUACCGGGACGAGGCCGACAAGGCCCUGCUGAGAGAUCGAUGCCUCUGGUACUACAAGCUCGCCAGUUUCUACAUCUGCAGCGUCAUCUUUGCCUUCGCGUCCUUCACCAUAUCGCCCUACAUGGAGAUAAUGUUGCGCAAAGACGACGGGCCAAUGUUCUUACCCUUUCGGGGUUAUUAUUUCUUCAAUUUGAGCUCGGUGAGCAGGACCGAGUUCAACGGGAUCUACCUGCUGAAUUCGAUGGCGGGCUUUUUCGCUUGCGGCACGAUAGCCGGUGCCUCGAGCUUCAGCCUCAUCGCCGCCGUCCACGGGUCUGCCAAAUUCGCGAUCGUGCAGAAACACUUCGAGAGCGUCGAAUGGACGUCGCGCCAACAGGUGAAACGCUGCGUACGACACCAUCAGGAUUGCAUCAAGUUCGCGGACGACGUCGAGGAUAGUAUCAAUAUUUUGGUUCUAGGUCAGUUCGUCAUGAGCACGUGCCUGCUGUGCUUGGCGGGCUUUCAAUUCACUACGAUGUUACGAGAUCGCGGGCGUUGCAUGAAGUACCUGUCCUUUCUUCAGGCGGCGACCACGAACCUCUUCCUUUACAGCAUAGCCGCUCAAGCGCUGCAAACUGAGAGUCUCGAGGUCGCCGAGGCAAUUUUCAGAAGCAAAUGGAUCGGUUCGUGCUCCUCGUACGAAAUUCGGAUGAUCAUAAUGAGAUCGAGAAAAGCUUGUAAGAUAACUGCAGGCAAAUUUUACGAAUUGUCGCUCGAGUCAUUUUUAAAGGUUUUAAGCUCGUCCUUUUCCUACUUCACCGUCCUCUUCACCGCAAAAUACGAUGGAGUUUAAAAUUUGUUUACUUAAUUUUAGUUGCAUUAAUUUUAAUUUAUGUAUCGUAUAGAGUAAAUCUCGAGAGAAAUAAGUGAACGUAUUGUGCGUUAUAAGCCUUGAAAAGAGUGGGGUCAUGAGUAAUGUGUGUUGUUGGCUGAACGAUGGCGCACAUAGCGGAUAUUGUAAAAUAUUUGAUCGCUCCAGCUAUGCUAACUUUUCUCUCAUAUUGUUUUACGAUCUAAUUUAAUCAUUUCAAUUCAAAAUAAUUGAAUUGUCGAAUAACAGAUCAUGCCGUAAGUAAAUAUCGCACAGGUGGUCGA